AAGCCAAAGACCUAAUAAGCUCCCACACACUACAACACUUUGCAGCUUGCAUUCCCUCGAUCGCUCACAGGAUCGACGAUCGAGAGAGAGCAAGUACACACACACGAAGCCACGAACUGCCUCGAUCUUUAUUUUAGCUAGGCACCAGAUUAUUGAUGAUCGAGAUUUAGAUUAAUUCUAGAUCGACGAGCGAGGGUUUAGCGAGAGAGGUUCCUGAUUGUCGACUAGCUACAGCCUGUCUUCGUCAGAUCGUUUGCAGGUGGUCUAAGAUCCUCCGCCGCCGCCAUCAUGAUACCGGGGUCGGCCGUGUACCACGUCGUGGAGGCGAUGGCGCCGCUGUACACGGCGGCGGUGCUGGGCUACGCGUCCGUGCGGUGGCUCAAGGCCUUCUCCGACGAGCAGUGCGCGGGGAUCAACCACUUCGUCGCGCUCUACGCCGUGCCGGUCCUCAUCUUCCACAUGGUCUCCACCAACGACCCCUACCACAUGAACGAGCGCCUCAUCGCCGCCGACACGCUGCAGAAGGCCAUCAUGCUGCUCGCCCUCACGGCCUGGGCCUUCUGGUCCCACCUCCGCGCCCGCCGCCGCGGCGCCAAGCAGGACGCGGCGGCGGCGCCGAUCAAGUGGGUGGUCACCAACUUCUCCGUCGCGUCGCUGCCCAACACCAUCAUCAUGGGCGUGCCGCUCCUCGACGGCAUGUACGGCUCCGUCUCCGGCGGCCUCAUGAAGCAGAUCGUCGUCAUGCAGUUCUGCAUCUGGUACAACGUCGUCAUCUUCCUCUACGAGUUCAUGGCGGCGCGGGACAGAAGCGCCAAGAUCAGCCCCGUGUCGGUGGCGGCGGCGGCGGCCGGGAGCCGCGACCGUAUCGGCGAGAACGGCGGAAGCAUUCAUGCCCAGGGUAGUCGGCACCAGGUGGUCGUCAACAUUGAGAUCACCGAGGUGACGGCGGCGGCGGCUGCAUCGCCCGCGGCACCAGACAGCGCGGCCGAAGAGGCGGCGGCGGCGGCGAAGGAGCUGGCCGCCGAGGAGGUGCCGGCUGUCCCGCCGCCAGCGCCAGAACAGCAGGUGCCGCCGGUUAUGCACGUCGUAUGGAUGGCGGUGAAGAAGCUUCUCCAGAUUCCCAACACCUACGCGAGCUUCCUUGGCCUCAUCUGGUCUCUCAUGGCAUUCAAGAUUGGAUUCUCGAUGCCGAAAAUUGUUGACGACUCUCUGUUCAUCAUCUACACAACCGCCGUUGGGCUGAGCAUGUUCGCUUCAGGGACGUUCAUUGCGCGGCAGUCGCGGUUCGUGCCGUGCGGGUACACCAUCGCGUCGCUGUCCAUGGUCCUCAAGUUCCUUAUCGGCCCGGUGAUCAUGCUGCUCGUCUCGCUCGCCAUCGGGAUGCACGGCACCCUUCUGCACAUUGCUGUUGUACAGGCGGCGCUCCCCCUGGCCGUGACCUCGUUCGUGUACGCGGAGGAGUACAAGGUCCACGCCGACAUCAUGAGCACUGGGGUCAUUCUGGGGAUAUUCAUCUCGCUGCCUGUCACGAUUGUGUACUACAUACUGUUGGGGCUGUGAUCAAGGAGAAAGGUUCAGUUUGCAUGUGGGAAAAUAGGUAUAGAUCAAGGCUGGCAGCGCGCACCCGGGGAUUGAAUAGGUCAAUCGGGGCGAUUACUGGCAGGACAGCUAGCUGCGAAGAUUUAGGCGCGAGGGAAAUUGCAAUUACUGAUGUUGUCAAAAAAUAAUAGCGCUGAACAAACAUGAUGAGUAGCAGUAGAUGGUAGCUUAUUAUGUGCUGAAACAUUUCGAUGUACAGCUAGAAACGAAAAACUAGCUUAUAUGUCAAUUUUUUUCUUUUAUGAAAGAAGCUGGCAGGAGCACUGCCAUUGCAUUU